AUGCGCGGCGCGGGCGGCAAGCGGACGCCCUCGCGCGACGACUACCUCGGAGCAGCAGAGAGCGCGCAGGCAAUGCAUCGUUCGCUGGACACGUACAACGUCUCCGUGAAGUGCCAGGACAACACGGUCCUAGCGGCCUUCAUCGUGGAGCUGCUUAGUAUGCGCAUCUCUGACUCGGUCGACGCGUCCCUGAGAGAGGUGCUGAAGGGCGUGAGCAACAUCCCUCUCAGGCUGUGGAGCGCGGCCAUGGUGCGCGAGCACAUCAAGGCGGCCGGCCCCAACUUGUGCAGCGUCAUUGACAAGUACCUGUUCAAAAGGUACCCGCCGGCUCCGCCAACAGCCGCCGAAAGGGCGUUCCUCCAGCGCUUGAAGCACCCGUGUCAGGCGGAACGACCCGUGGGCGCGGACAGCACGAACCUGAACUUGCCACCCCGCCGCCAGAGCCGACCGAACGGGGCGGGGGAGUCGGGGAGCGAUCCUUGUGGGCCGGGACAGCCGGCGCGUACGUCGGCUGCGCAGGCAACCAAACGAUCCAAGAAAGCCCCGGCAGCGGCUCCGGAGCCCACCUCGGAGGCGCGGCCUGCGAAGCGCGCGCGGAAGGAGUACACGACGAAGCUGGGCACGACGUCGAGCGCCCUGCUGAUCACCCUGUACAUGGGCCUGCAGCGCGGGCAGGAGUUCAUGGUCAAGGACGACGUGAUCAAGGAGGCCACGCGCCUUGGCAUCGCCGACGUCGGCAUGCAGGCGCAGACGUCCUUCUGGUCCAACGAGGCCAAGUCGUACUACAGCGGCUGGUCGAGCAUGAAGACGCUCCUCACCAACGAGCUGGUCACCAAGAACAAGACCCGCAACAAGUUCUACCUGCUGCCGCGCGGUCAGCCGCUCGCACGGCGACUCUACUUCGAGGGCGUCGCGGCCGGAAGGAUUCCGCCCCUGCGCCCCGAGGACCUGAUGGGCGACCCAGAGGCUGCCGUCGCUGCCGGGGAUGGUGCGGCGGCAGGCCAGCAGACCAAUAGCGACACGGCGGGCGCGGGGCCAGGGGACUCGCGGAACGCGCCCGGCCCGACGUCCGCCCCAGUCAGCCGCGCGAACUCGAGCCUCCAGAGGCGUCCGCACGGCGUGGAGGUCGAGGGGUCCGUUGCGGAGAACCGCAAUCGCAGCGGGCAGACCACGCACGGGUGGUGGCGCACUGCGGGGCUGGGCGAGGAGCUGCAGGAACGCAUGCCGCCGCUGCACGCCGACGAGACCUUCCGUCAGGCGUACGAGGUGGUGCUGAUCUUGGACAACCGGGAGUGGAUGCGGCCGGCGAGGAAGAACGAUCCGUUCUCGCUCGACCACGCGAUCGUCGCGGGCCACCUCGCCAGCUGGAACGUCAAGGUGGAGUUCAUGCAGCUCGAACAGGGCGACGCGCUGUGGGUCGCGCGGCGCAGAGACAGGCCGGCGGAGCAGUACGUGCUGGACCGCGUCGUGGAGCGGAAGCGCGUGGACGACCUGCACAAUUCGAUCAUUGACCGGCGGUACCAGGCGCAGAAGUACUGGCUGAUGCAGUCGGGCCUGCGGUACCUGUUCUACCUGGUGGAGGGCAACCCCAUGGACAUCAACAAGAUGCCCACCGUCACCGCGCAGGUGACGGACGCCUCCGUCCGGCGCCUGAAGACGUCGUGCAUCGCAACGGAGAUCAAGCACGGCUUCUGCCUGCUGCGGACCGCCCAGCAGACGGACACGCUGCAGCUGUACGCCAGGAUGACCAAGGAGCUGGAACAGGCGUGCGCGGACUACGCGGGGCCGCGCCAGAGCGACUUGGUGACUCUGGACGACUUCACGACGAAGAUGCGGUCGUCCAAGAAGCUCAGUUCCCGAGACAUCUGGGUGCAACAACUAUGCAAGGUCCCGCGGCUAGGGGCGGAGGCCGUCGAGGGUAUCGUCAGGGAAUUCCCGACGCCUCUCGCGCUCUUCAGGCAGUAUCGGAAGUGCGCGGCGGACGCGAGGGCGCAGGGUGGCGACCCCGCACGCGCCUGCAUGGUCAUGCUGCAAGACGUCAAGCGGAACGGCCGCCGGAUCGGACCCGCCGCGAGCACCAAGGUGUGGGAGCUCUUCGUGGGGCCGCAGGCCGCGGGGGGCGGCCCUUCCUGGAGCGUGUGA